UUAGCAGCAAACCGUCGGGAAAUCCAUUAUUGCCGAUAACUUCAGCUGAAGCUGACCAGUCGAUCAGAGUAUGGCCUCUGGAAACUUUGGAAAGUGUCUAAGCUGCGCCGAAUCGCUGGCAUUGCUGACCAUUGUCAGUGUGAUUCUACCAGCCUCGUCGGUUAUCUACACCACGCAAACGAUGCACAGCGGUCAGAGCUACUGCUACGACCUGAACAACUACACCACCAUCUAUUCGUCCGCGUCCGGAGCGUGCGCCAGCAAUGCGUUCCGUGUGGCGGUCGAUCCGUCGACGGGCAGAUACUAUCCCAACAUGCGCUGCAUUUUCAGCUUCACCGUGAGACCGUUCUGCACGAUCCUCGUGGACUACUCCGCCUGUCCGCUGUACCAAAACGCUUCUAAGUGGUGCGCCGAUGAAGCUUUGCUGACCUCCAACCACACAGGAAAUGUUUCACUAUUCAGGUUCUGCGGCGGCCGCACGGAGAUGGUGGAGCGUCAGGGUGUCGUCUUCCAUACAAACAUGCGGAACGUCGUUAUCACGAUCACCACAGAUGCUACGGGAGAAAGUCGCCUGUGUGCUGGUUCGGCAUUCGAAGUUUGCCCUGAAAACCGUCGGCAACUCGUCUAUCAAGCUAAUCUCGACUAUGUAACGGAUUUGCUUGGUUGGGGCUUCUACGAAAGACGGAAGCGUGAUCUGCAGUCCAACUCCCACAAAUCGCCAAGCCAAACCAAGCCAUCUGUCCAGCACACUGAUAAAAGCUUUUGAAAAGCAACGUGUUCGCGUAUGGUAGUUGCUGACAACGACGGGCAAGCACUUGCUGAGAAUGACCUGUCAAGACACAACAGUCACGGGACAUUGUCUGAAAGCCAUUCUAUGCUGACAACGCCUUGCCGUGAG